AUGUGCGCGGAGCUCCGCGGCAAGCUGCUGGCCCUGGCCCUGCUGCUCGCCAGCGCCCGGGCGGCGGCGGGCACUGAGGCCACCCACCCGCCGGAGGGGCCGCAGGACAGGACCCCGCAGCAGAAGGGGCGCCUGUCCCUGCAGAACACAGCUGAAAUCCAGCACUGCCUGGUUAACGCUGGCGAUGUGGGAUGUGGAGUGUUUGAAUGCUUUGAAAACAAUUCUUGCGAGAUCCGAGGCUUACAUGAGAUCUGCAUGACAUUCCUGCACAACGCUGGAAAAUUUGAUGCCCAGGGAAAAUCCUUCAUUAAAGACGCUCUGAAGUGUAAGGCUCAUGCCUUGAGGCAUAAAUUCAGCUGCAUCAGCCGUAAGUGCCCUGCCAUUAAAGAGAUGGUGUUCCAGUUACAGCGGGAGUGCUACCUGAAGCAUGACCUCUGCUCCGCUGCCAAGGAGAACGUCCAGGUCAUUGUGGAGAUGAUUCACUUCAAAGACCUGCUGCAGCAUGAGCCGUAUGUUGACCUAGUGAAUAUCCUGCUCACUUGUGGUGAGGAGGUGAAAAAGGCAAUAACAAGAAGUGUCCAGGCCCAGUGCGAACAGAACUGGGGAAGUCUCUGCUCCAUCCUGAGCUUCUGCACCUCAGCUGUGCACGGUGACACCAUCCUGGGUCCCGAGAAGAAGCCGAGUGAAGCCAGCAAAGCUGCUGCUGGCCGCGGGGACGUGCUAGCCCACUCCGACUCAGACCACAGGGAGAGUUCACGAGCGUCUAAGGGAGAGAGAGGUACUAAGGGCCACUUGAAUGCCCACGCCCGGGUGAAAGCUGGGGGCCACGGUCCCAAAGGGGCACAUGGGAUCAUGGACCGGGCAGAUGAACUGUCCGACUUCUCUGACAUCCGGAGGUGAAAAAAGGCACCAACUCCCCAUUCCCCCCAUCCUCCCCCUCCACCGGAAACCUCCUCCGUUGAGUCCCAUCUUCCUGUCUAUGGACAUUCCAAAGCAUUUCCCAUUCAGAGGUCAAGCACAGGGCAUUGCAAGAUAUAUAUGGACCUCAGCAACAGUGUAUAUAGUAGCAAAGGGAGAGCAGUGGCAAUGGGUUAUCGAUCCAGCAAACUCGACACUUGAGCAGCCACCAAAGGUGGCAAAACGUCUCCGACUAAAUUCUUUUCCCCUUUUUUAUGAAUCGGACAUCAGCUGAAAUUUAGGAUCUUGUUUGGGGGUUGUUGGGUUGUUUUAGGGGUUUGGUUUUUUCUUGGUCCCCUUGGCUGGGGAGAAAGUUCCAAGAGGGCUCUGCCAGAUUGCAUGUGGCUGCUUGUGGCUUAGCACCUCCGAAGGUUUAGGGUGCAGCCUUACAGCAGAUGGCUGAGUUCCAGGGGGAUUUGGUUUCUGCCUGUGGCUGAGAAAGCAGGAGCUCAAGGCUCUCUAUGUGACACUCUCUAAUGAAAUAGCUACCCUGUCUCUCGCACAGGAACCGUGCGGUCUGGAGCUCCACCACUUUCUCUUAACUAACUUCUGAGCCAUUGUUCCCAUCUGGGUGAUGCUGCCCUAGUUUAAGUGCCCCCUGUUUGUUUUAACCACUGCAUAACUUGACAUUUGUUAAUCCAGUCACUUCAGCAUAACAAA